AUGGCAUCUACGACGACUGGUGCAGCAAUAAUACGUGACACCGACUCUCCGACCACAGCCAACAACAUUGAGAACGAAGUCCCAACUAAGCGAACCUCUUCUUCUGCCUCUCCCAGGCAUACUCCGAACACUCAUUGUCACCGUCGUCCCCGCCAUCGCAAUCGUAUCUUGGCAAAUUUACUCUGUUCCGAGUGUCUCACCAACAACAGCAGCAACACCUCUCUUCAGUCAACAACUGAUUCACCCCCAUAUCAGUUAUUGUUGCCGCCUAGCUCCCGCUACGUACGUAAACGUUAUUUGUCCGCGAUAACCGACAAAACUUUAGACUUUUGCGCCUCAUAUUCGACAACCGUGUGCGAUUGCAGCAAGUGUCCGAAGGAGGAUUUUAAAUUUGUUAGCGUUCGAUCAUUUUCCGGAUCCAAUAUUUCGUCCUCAACGCCAUUAGAUUAUACCACCAGCAGCAGCAGUAGCACCAGUUCUACUGACGGCAGCAGCUCCAACGUAACCCAUACCACCGAAGAGGUAGGCAAUUAUUUUACCCCACCUCGUGAAUACACCAACAACUCUCGUGCCUUGGGCGUUUUAACCGAGAAACGUUCACCUCUAUUUGGACCAUUGGCUGGUGGUAUAUCGCUUAGGACCCAGGAACCUUUCUACUCGGAAUAUCUGCUGAAUGCCAACGAUUUGAUAUCACCGCGAUCGCUGAAAGCCUACAAAGAGAAUAUCGAUUAUACGGCAACGGAAGCUUUGCCACCACCGAGUAUGAAUGGCGGCGGGAAAAGGUCGUCAAUGAAUGGUGGUUCAGCGAUAACAUCACCGGCAACAGCGGCGAAUGGAGGAAAUGUAAUCGAUAUCAAUCGUAAUGGUGUACCGAAACAUUGGUUUGAAACCUGGCCAGGAACACAACCAGCAUCCUUGGAACUACUACCCUGUGCUGGAACAGCAGCAACAACAACUGAAAGUUGCCACCCAGUGUUAGGGGAAAACUCACGAGCCAUUCACUCAGAUCCCGAGGAAAGGCAAACCAAGGAAAAGGUACGUUCACGAUUUUCCACAGCCCUACGGAAACUUUCAAGGUCCACAAGGAAAAAAGAUAAAUUAGCGGCAGGAAAAUCCUCUUCGGAAACUGCAGCAGGCUCAGCUGCUGCCUCAGAUUUAAUUCUCUCAAGUGAUGCUGAUGAUCGAAGUUCUUCGCCAGUGACCAAAACUAAAAUAAAAAAGAAAAAAUCUUCUUUAUUCAGUUUGAAAUCCAAAGCCAAGGUUGCCCCUAAAAAGGAUUGCGAAGGGGAGGAGGAGGAGCAUACAAUUCCAGCCACAGGGCAACGUAUUUUGGAACCUCUAUUUCAUGAUACCGAAAAUGAGGUGGUGGUGACCACAGAACGUUUAUCGCCCACCGAGGGAAAACGUAAGGUACAAAUAACCAUCAAGUCGAAGAAAAUUGAAAAAGUGGCGGAUUCCGAACCAGCAGAUAGGUGUCCACCAUCUUCGCCAUCUCCCACACCAACAGCGUUAUCACAAUCCUCGCCUAGCACAACCCCACCAUUGGGUCGGCAAAUUAAGAACGAGAACAUCACCUCAGCCCCCACCCCACCAUCGUCGUCAUCAACCAAGGAAGAUAAAAAGAAAAAACUCAAAGGUAAAUUAAAAACUCAAACGAAGGCGACAACACCACUGCCGCCAAGCAUUUCGCCAUCGCCGCCACCGCCCAACUCAAACCAACCGCAAAAUAACGAAAUUCAAUCUGAAACCAAAGUGCUGUCGGCAACAGAAGACGCUUCAUUGCCAGCCAAUCAAGCAUCUCAGCCGACGCAACAGCAGCCGCAGUCGCAGCAGCAACACCAGCCUCCAGUAACUUCUCAAGAUAAAUCAUCAGUUCAUAACUUAUCAGCUAAUCAAACAGACGAUCACAUCUCGGUGGCGGAAAGUGUACAGCCUAGUAGUACAACAUCAGCGGAGGAUAUAACAACCAACAAGGAUACACCCACUUCAACCAAUCAGCCCACCGUACGCUUCACCCUUGGCAAUCGUGUACGACCCCCGCUAAUUAUUGCCAAACA